GAUUAAAAACUGAGAUGUAGUCAACGACCUUUUCCGAAGUAAAUAAAAUUGCUAAAAUAAAUAAAAUUACCAAGACUAGCCCCCAAUUCGAAUCGCGAAUUUAGGGUUAGGGUUUCUCAUCUAACCACUGGCCCAAACCGAAUCAUCUAAAACCCAAAAACUCAUACAAUUUCUUCUUCCGUCUGUUCCCUAGCGUCAUUUCUGUCCCCGCUUAUGGAAACCAAAUCCGCAUCGACAACGCCGCAGCAAGAUGGCGCCGCCGCCGCUAAGAAGCCGGGGCUGCGGAAGCCGGUGUUCGUAAAAGUCGACAGCUUGAAGCCGGGAACGAAUGGGCACACGCUAACUGUGAAAGUAGUGACUGCCAACACCGUUCUCAACAAGAAGCCGCGCAAUCCGACGUUUCGUGGGCCUCAAAAUCAGAACACGAAAAUCGCGGAAUGCCUGGUUGGCGACGACACCGGAACGAUCCUCUUCACCGCCCGCAAUGACCAGGUUGAGAUGAUGAAGCCAGGUAACACAGUGGUACUCCGAAAUGCAAAAAUAGACAUGUUCAAGGGAUCAAUGAGGCUGGCCGUCGAUAAGUGGGGCCGUAUUGAGGUUGCUGAACCAGAAAAGUUUGUGGUCAAAGAGGACAACAAUUUAUCCCUAGUGGAGUAUGAGUUGGUUAAUGUUGUGGAAGAAUCUUGAACACGCACGCCGUUUAGUCCAUGUUGGGGUUCAAUUUUACUUUAUGGCUUCGAUCUGGUAUACUGAUUUCUCCGAUUAGUUUUUGUUUUUUUGUUUCUCUCCAUUAAAGUAAUUAUCGUGUAGGACUAAGUUAGCUUGGUUUUAAUGGUUGAUGUGUAAAAAGAUGGACCUUGAUUUGUAGCACAUCUCUGUUAGAAUUUUGUCUAUUGAUAGAUUUGCUUGUCAGCAGCAUAUGUAGUCAGCCAUAUUGAUCAUUAUCUCAGCUCGGAGUUACACAUC